UGGGCCUCUUGGUUUAUCAUACGAAUCAGUUUACGAACAACUGUUUAAUUCCGAACACCCCGAAAGUGAACCAUGUGAAGAUCGAAAAUAUCUCAAGAUCUUUUAAAACUUUAAACAGACACAUUUUAUUCAUGGAGUCCGAGAUAAGCAAAUUAAGACAGUUGUCAAGCACUCUGGGAGAUUUGUCCCGCCCUGAUGGGGAUGCCACAGUGUCUCAGGGAGACACAUGUGUAACCUCAGCGGUGUAUGGACCUGGUGAAGUUAAGGUAACUAAAGAACUAUUGGACAAGGCUACCAUAGAUGUGGUGUACAAACCAAAAUCAGGCUUGCCAGGCUGUGCAGAGAAAUUAUUGGAGAGAACUAUCCGAAAUUCUUGUGAAACAGUCAUCCUUGGAAACCUUCAUCCCAGGUCAUCCAUUUCCAUUACUGUUCAAGAGAUCCAAAAUCGUGGCUCUCUUCUUUCAUGUUGCAUCAACAGUACCUGCAUGGCUCUGUUAGAUUCUGGUGUGAGUAUGCGGUACCUUAUGGCAGCAGUGUCUUGUGCAAUAAAUGACAAUGGCAGCAUCAUUAUGGACCCCAACACUUUGCAGGAACAAAGUGCAGUUGCUGUGUUGACUUUUGUUUUUGAAAAUUGUAAUUAUGGAGUGAUCACUGUCAGUGCAAAAGGUUGUUACACAUUAGAUCAGUUUCAACAAUGUUUGUCAAAGUGUAGAGAUGCUAGUAAAUAUGUGUUCCAGUUUUUCAAGGACUCUAUAUCCAAAAAGUUAUCAAAACAAUAAAUCUUAAAAUGAAAUUGUUUGACAUUUGAUUCAUUGAAAAUUUACCAUGCAGUUAGAUAGUAGAUUUCAUUUAUUUUACAUUUAUUGUGUCAAUUUUUUUUUAUAUGUAUGUAUGCCUCAUCUAUGAGAUUUUCAAUAUUUGUCGUAAUGUAAAUGACUAUGUAUGAGGCCUAAAAUAAAAUUGUUUGCAGUUGCCUACUGAUACAUUUAAAAUUCAUCCAACCAAA